CCGGGCCAGACUGACAAGCACAAUCACCACCACGCCAGCAGAUACGCUCGACGACCACAUCGAGCCAGUUUUGUAGCUUACGAAAGUAGUCAGAGAUAUUCGGGCUACCGUCGAUCUCACAGAGCAAUCUCAGGCUACCGAGUACUAUGACAGUAAAAGCACCAAAGUUUCGCUUUACGGCUGUCCUCGGCUUCUUCGAGCAGGACAGACCCGCAAGUCCUCCUUCAGACGCGACAACGCUACCCGGGCUGGGCUUGCUUGACCGGUCCUACGAAACAGACGAUGCAUUCGACCCGCGGCGGGAGAGGCACGCCUGGGAGCGCUUCGCGUACUACCUGGACCAUCUCAACCGCGUCGGCGGCGGCAGGACCGUGUACAAGCUCCUCUACGCCGCCCGCCACGGCGAGGGCUACCACAACGUGAAGGAGGCCGAAGUCGGGACCGCCGCGUGGGAGGCAUACUGGGCGAAGCUAGACGGCGACGGCAAGACCACCUGGUUCGACGCCCACUUGACCGAGCGCGGCACAAGCCAGGCCCUCGCCAUGAAGGCCUUCUGGGAGGACGCAGCCGCGACCCAGAAACUGCCGCUGCCGACGCGGCACUACGCGAGCCCGCUGGCCCGCUGCCUCGAGACGUGCGAGAAGGCGUUCACCGGGCUGACGCCGCCGCCACCGGAGACGGCGGAGGGGGACGAGCCGGCCGUGGCGGUGCCGCCCUUCCGGCCCGUCGUCAAGGAGCUUCUGCGCGAGCGGCUGGGCGUGCACACGUGCGACCGGCGGCGCACGCGCACGUGGAUCCGGGACCACCACCCGGGCUUCGCCAUCGAGGCGGGUUUUGCGGAGCAUGACGAGCUGUGGCGGCCGGAUGUCCGGGAGACGCUGGCGGAGCACGCCGUCAGGGCGGAAGGCUUUCUGGAGGAUCUCUUUGCGAAUGACAGCGCGUCCAUCGUCUCGGUGACCGCCCACUCGGGCACGAUCCACGCGCUCUAUGAGGCGAUUGGGCACCCGGUGGUGAGGGUCUCGCCGGGGGCUGUUGUGCCGGUCCUGGUCAAGGCUGAGGCUCUUGUUGACGGAGAGGGCAGCGCUUAGACUCGGGAUAGAGGAUACAUCUGCGUUGCUUGACACGGUAACUGGUGUUACAUAUGGCAUCCCGGGCACUGCACUCCUACUUGUGACGCUUCCGAACCCCGGCUCUAGUGCUGUUUUCUCCUAUGCAAUCCCG